AUGACAUACUUAGAUCAAAGGUACUUGAGUGAAAGUGCAUGGAAACCCAAUUUGUUCCAAGGUAAAGUUGUUUUCGUUACAGGAGGUGCCGGUUCAAUAUGUCGAGUGCAAACGGAAGCAAUGGUAUUGUUAGGAGCCAAUGCGGCAAUUGUUGGAAGAAACCAGCAGAAAACCGAUGAUGCGGCAAAAGAUAUCCAGUCGCUAAGAAAAGAUGCCAAAGUUGUUUCAUUACCCAAUGUCGACGUUAGAGACGUUAAGCAAUUGGCGAGUGCAGUAGCCAAGACGGUUCAAGAGUUGGGUAGAAUUGAUUUCGUUAUUGCUGGUGCUGCUGGUAACUUUUUAGCCGAUUUCAACCAUUUGUCAUCAAACGCCUUCAAAUCUGUUAUUGAUAUCGAUUUGCUUGGCUCAUUCAACACAGUUAAGGCCUGUUUUGGAGAAUUGAGAAAGAACAAGGGUGCCAUUAUUUUUGUUAGUGCUACUUUGCACUAUUACGGUGUUCCUUUCCAAAUUCACGUUGGAGCUGCCAAGGCUGGAGUUGACGCAUUAUCAAAUGCUCUUGCUGUGGAGCUUGGACCUUUAGGUAUCAGAUCCAAUUGCAUUGCCCCUGGCCCAAUAGACGAUACUGAAGGAAUGUCAAGAUUGGCACGCGGAGGAAAGGAAAGAAUAAUUCAAAAAGUACCUUUACAAAGAAUGGGAACUAAACAAGAUAUAGCAGACGCAACAGUUUAUUUAUUCUCCCCAGCAUCAAGUUAUGUAACGGGUGACGUUCUCGUCGUGGAUGGAGGAAGCUGGCAAGUAUCACAAAGCGCAGCUUCUCAUGAUUACCCAGUUACGUUGAAAAAGUACUUUGACGCUCCAAAAGGUGGGAAAUUGUAG